AUAAUAUAAUUGAUGACAACAUAAUUGAUUAAGUCUUUGUUUCAUUAUUAAUCCAGAGGAAUGUUUAUGUUUUUGUGGUUUUGGUGAGAUGGAAUUUUUCUGGGCUUCCAGGUUUCAGGUGUUCUAGUGUCUGUAAUCUCAGAUGAAGUUACUUAAUAAUAGUGACAGAAGUUUAGCUUCUCGUCUUUGAGAUCGGCUUGCACUUGCUUGCAUUCUGGUGCCUUCUGGUGAAUGGCUUUAAACCAUGCUGGCACAUUUCAACUGCAGUCUAAGACCAGUUUUGGAGCAGUGCCAGCUACAAACAGUAGUGCAAUCCCAGCAAACUUUGUACCACUUCGCUUUGACUAAUAAAGUGAUGUUGCUUCAUAUGUAUCUGUUCAUAAAAAAACAGACUUAGUUUCUGGAGGAAUUAGAAUUGUUUUAUUGUAAAUAAACAGUGCAUACCAUCAGCAGAAAUAACAGUUCAAAAUGAAAGUAAACCUUUUCUGUUAUGAAAAAAGGGUUACUGUUGGGAGAACAAGAAAAAUAUAUAAUAUUAGUAGAAUAAAACCAUUGUUUUUGCAUUGGCCAUUAUGAUAAUGUCAACAACUUUAUUUAUAUAGCACCUUUUAUACACAAAAAUGCAGCAAAUUUCUGUGGUGCUGCAGACUAUUGCACAGUAAUUUCUGGCUAACAUACUACUCUAGACAGUCAUGACCAGGGCAUACUGGAAGGCUGGCAGGAUGAGAAACUGGGUGGCUGGCUGAGCAGUAGACUGGGUGGCUGGCUGAGCAAAAGACUAGUGAGCUGCAUUUCCACCAAAGAUACAUAGAUUCAUAAACUCAGUCUAAAUAGAAGUUCUAAAGUAGUAAUAAAUAGAAGCAACUAAUCAAGUGAACUGAUCACCUGAAUUCCUUUCUUGUAGGCUACAGAAAUUGCAGACCCUUCAGACAAUCAGGUGGCCACAGCUUUGAAACGUGCUGCUAAUAAUAUGAAUACACAAUAAUAAAAAGCUGAUUAAAGCCAAGUGUGACCUGUGACUAAGGCAGAUGGAAACCACCAAGUGUGGUAGCAGGACAGAACAAUUAGGUUGCAGGUAGAUUUUCUGUGGGAGCAGGAUGAAGUCUUGUGGGAGGGGACGGAAGAGUGAAGCUGCUCCAGUAACAAAGGCAAGCAGUUCAGCAGCAGAGUGUUGACUGGUAGUCGGGACUGCUAAUAUAUCUAUCAUCCUUGAGUGCAGAAGAGCCUGCUGACAGCAGACAAACCGGUCAGAAACAAUACAGAAAUGGUGAUGACAGUGGUGUCUGUGCAGCAUCCGAAUUUGAGUGCUCUACAUCUGUUAGUAACUCCCCUGAAAAUUGCUUCAGGUUUUCCAUGGAAAUGACACGAGACACACAAAUAUGCACAAGUACAGCCCAGCAGGGGUUCCAGAGUAAAGAUGAGGAGAAAAAUAGUUGUAUUUCCAUUUGGAAGGCUUUGCUGCCAGUGGUACUUUUAAUGUUGGUCACUGGGUUGUACGCAUAUUCUACAGAACAUGAGGUGAACCAUGCUGAGCUGAGACUGAUGCUGGUGGGUAAGACUGGAGCUGGGAAGAGUGCGUCAGGAAACACCAUCCUGGGUGAAGAAGUUUUCAGAGUCGAGGCGUCUCCAGCCUCUGUGACUGCACACUGUGAGAGAAGCAACAAAGCUGUGGAUGGACGGAAUAUCACUGUGAUCGACACUCCUGGGGUGAUGGAUACAUGGCUCACAUCAGAACAAGCAGCCCACAGUGCACCUGAUUGUAUCUACCAUCCUGCUCAUCGUCCUCAUGUGUUCCUGCUGGUGGUCAAACUGGGGAGAUUCACAGAGGAGGAGAGGAACGCUGUGAAGUGGAUUCAGGAGAACUUUGGAGAAGAAGCUGUGAAGUUCACCAUAAUACUUUUCACUGGUGGAGAUCUGUUAGAGAAAAAACCCAUUGAGAAAUUUAUCAGUAACAGUUUUGAGCUUCAGGAUCUGAUAGACACGUGUGAAGGUAGAUAUCACAUCUUCAACAACUAUCAGAAAAAUGAUCGCAAUCAGGUCACAAAGUUACUUGAAAAGAUAGAUAUGAUAUUAUUUGGAUCUUUUGGCUACAUUCAUACACAAGAAUUGCAUGACAGGGUCCAAAAAAACACUAGAGAAGAAGAAGAGAGGAAGAAAUUAAAUUUGAUUAAAGAGAUCAAAUCUGAGGAGGAUGUAAAGAGAAACACAACAGAAAGAAUGAUCAGAGAGCAGGAGGAACUAAAGAGAAAUCAGAUGAAAAGAGAGUUAAAAGAGGAGGAAAUGAGAAAAUGCAACAGCAGAGAGAUGGAAAUCAGACGAGAGGAGGAACUAAAGAGGGAACAGAUAGUAAGAGAAUUAAAAGAGGAAGAAAUAAGAAAAUGUAACAGCAGAGAGACUGAAAUCAGACGAGAGGAGGAACAAAAGAGGGAACAGAUAGUAAGAGAAUUAAAAGAGGAAGAAAUGAGAAAAUGCAACAGCAGAGAGACAGAGAUCAGACGAGAGGAGGAACUAAAGAGAGAACAAAUGGAAAGAAAGGUAAAAGAGGAAGAAAUCAGGAACAUUGAGAACAGGGAGGAAGAGAUCAGAAAGGAGGAGGAACUGAAACUGAGGCAAAUGCAAAAGGAGAUGAAAGCAAAGGAGAAAAGAAAGAUGAAUGAGAUGGCAGUUAAAUUAAGAGAUGAACAAUAUGAGAACCAAAAACUUCUAGAGGAAUUAGAGAAAGUACAUAGAACCAAAUUUUGGCUUUGUGUCGUGGCAGUGUUUCUCUUUGUGUGGAUUUUGUGUUUGUGCAGCAGGAGUGGAGUCCAACAGAAAUCAAAUGAAAAAUAGUUAAAUAAAAUACCUGUAACAGAUUCAAAACUGCAAGCCUUUUCUAGUUAUUGGUCUUUGGAUUUACUUUUGUCACUAACAUAUUUGUUUCACUUGAAUGAAUCAGUGAAAAAAUAUUUUGUUAUUCUCAUCAAACAGCGUUGAAUGCUAUGCCAAGGGAAUGACAAACGGUGCCCAAUCUGGUGCAGAAAAGCAGUAGAAACAGUGUCUUUUUUCCACUUUGCUGGGACUAUGUUGGUUUUUUUUUUUGUUUUUUCUUUUUCAAUUUCUCCAGCCUUUGAAAGUACCUGCUCACAUGGGACUCAGGAGGCUAGGGUGCACAAAAACUGGGGUGCACGCUGAGAAAGGUGGGGAUAAGCAGUCUUCUGUAAUAACCAGAACUUGUUUGUUUGAAGGAAAAAUGAUGUCUAUACCUGAAACAGUGUAUGCUCGGUGUGUUAUCUCUACCCUCUAUCAUAUGUUCAAGCCUAAAAUGUUUAUAUGCUUCUCUUUUUUCCUGUUUGCUUGUUUUGAAGUGCUUUGCCUGCAGCGGAAUUGAAAUGAUUUGACUAAGUGUGCUUCAUCAGUUCCAGCAUGAAUAAUUUGUGGCUGUAAAAUCACAAAUUAAAUUAAAUUCAAUUCAAUUAAAACCACAUCUGUGUUAAG